AUGGCACGUUUUCAGUUGAAACCUCAACAACUGCUUCAGAUUCUUGAAAUAUUAGGAGUGUUAUCCAGUACAUCGCCAAAACCAAUAUCCGGAAAAUUUUACAAUAUUCUUCGAAAUAUUGUUUGGUGCCUCACUUUUGGCAAUUUGAUAUUUCAAUUAAUCGGCGAGAUGCUCUUCAUUUAUCACAAUCAAGAUGACAGCAUUUUGGUGUUAAAAACUAUAUUCGUAGCUGCUUGUGUUACUGAUGGGAUCCUAAAUCUUAUAAUAUGCCAUAUUCAAAGAGAGCGACUUCAGUAUCUCUUUGAAGAAAUUGAAAACUAUCUACAAACUGCCAAUAAGAAUGAUAUAAAUAUUCUGCAGAAACAUGUAAAUCGUUAUUCGUUAAUAUUAGCAGCAAAUACUUUAUUGCUGUCCUGUGCUGGAAUGAUCAUCUGUCUUCGUCCUCUGAUCACAAAAGACCGUUUUCCUGUUGAUGUGUGGUAUCCAUCUUUUAUGGAUACACCACUUAAAUCAUUUUUAAUUUAUGUGUCGCAAAUAUUUAGCGGCAUAGAAUGUGUUCUAUGCUUCAAUACCGAUAUCUCAAUUGCCAUGUUGCUCUGCUAUUCGACUGCUAGGCUGGAAGUAUUACAAUAUAAUUUAGAAAGUACAAAAACCAGAGAUUUUAUACAUGCAUGUAUUAAAGAGCAUCAAGAUAUCAUCAAGUAA